AUGUCACAAGGAGAUGUGGGUAUUGACACACUCACUUUAAACUCUAACGACGGAUCUCCUAUCUCAUUUUCAAGAAUAGUGAUAGGAUGUGGGCACAAAAAUAGUUUAAAAACGGAGGGAGGGAAUACUUCUGGCAUAAUAGGUUUUGGACGCGGACCUUUAUCGUUAAUAUCUCAAUUGAGUUCUUCGAUUAAUGGAAAAUUUUCUUAUUGUCUCGUGCCAUUAUUUUCAAAUGCUAACAGUUCAAGCAGACUAAAUUUUGGAGACACGGCAGUAGUUUCCGGUCCUGAAGUUGUCUCGACUCCCUUAGUUGGUACUACAGGUUACUUCACAAAUUUAGAAGCAUUUAGCGUGGGAGACCACAUUAUCAAAUUCAAUGACUCCUCCUUAAUACCUGAUAAGGAAGGAAAUACAAUAAUUGAUUCUGGAUCAACAUUAACUAUUUUGCCAGAAGAUGUUUAUUCUCAGUUAGAAUCUACAGUGGCAUCUAUGAUUAAGUUAAAGCGUGUUAAGGAUCCUAAUCAACAAUUGAGUCUUUGCUACAAAUCAACAUUGAAAAUAGACAAGGUUCCGAUAAUAACAGCUCAUUUUCGUGGUGCUAAUGUCACGUUGAAUGCUGUUAACACCUUUAUUGAAAUUAAUCACGAGAUUAUGUGCUUUGCUUUUAGUUCAUCUAUCGUUCCCUUUGUCAUAUAUGGGAAUGUAGCACAACAAAACUUUUUGGUUGGCUUUGAUACCCUGAACAACAUUAUCUCUUUUAAGCCAAAAGAUUGUACCAAGCAAUGA